AUGCGUGAGCUCGUGCACGUCCAGGGCGGCCAGUGCGGCAACCAGAUCGGUGCCAAGUUCUGGGAGGUGAUCGCCGACGAGCAUGGUAUCGAUCCCACAGGAACCUAUCAUGGCGAUUCCGAUCUGCAGCUGGAGCGUAUCAACGUGUACUUCAACGAGGCGACCGGGGGCCGCUACGUUCCCCGUGCGGUCCUGAUGGAUCUUGAGCCAGGAACCAUGGACUCCGUCCGAGCCGGACCUUUCGGUCAGCUCUUCCGUCCCGACAACUUCGUCUUUGGACAGACAGGAGCUGGCAACAAUUGGGCCAAGGGUCCGGCACCCGGUUGCGCGAGUCGCGAGUUGUUGCUGGUGGUGGUAGAUGUGGUGGUGUUAGUUUUGCGAUCGGGGAUCCGCGCGCUUGCGUUUGUGGGUGAGGGUGCCGAACUCAUUGACUCGGUGCUGGAUGUCGUGCGCAAGGAGGCAGAAGGCUGCGACUGCCUCCAGGGCUUCCAGCUCUGCCACUCGCUCGGUGGUGGCACCGGCGCUGGCAUGGGAACUCUGCUCAUCUCCAAGGUGCGAGAAGAGUACCCGGACCGCAUCAUGGAGACCUUCUCGGUGAUCCCGUCGCCCAAGGUCUCCGACACGGUGGUGGAGCCGUACAAUGCCGUCUUGAGCUUUCACCAGCUCGUGGAGAACUCCGAUGAGUCCUUCCUGCUGGACAACGAAGCGCUCUACGACAUCUGCUUCCGAACGCUGAAGUUGACGACGCCAACUUACGGCGAUCUGAACCACCUGGUUUCUGCUGCUAUGAGCGGCGUGACCUGCUGCUUGCGUUUCCCGGGACAGUUGAACUGCGACCUGCGCAAGAUCGCUGUGAACCUGGCGCUUGCAUCUGGCACCUGCAAUGUAAACCAGACUCUCACUGAUUCGGUUUUGGAUCAGGAUGCCACUGCCGAGGAGGAAGGUGAGUUUGACGAGGAGGAGGGCGAGUAUGAUGGAUGA